ACCAAAACAAACUAAUAAAAACAACCCAAAGAAAAACUCAAAGUUUAAUAAAUUAACAAAAAAACAGGAACUGACCGUGGAAUUGUAUUGUUACACUUAUCCAGCAACGGCAAUUGAUAAGGCCCGAAUUUGGUCUAUCGAUAUUGAUUUAGCCUAUUGGAUGCCCCUGGGAUCAAACCAGUAUGUGCAAUGGAUCCCUCUUCGAAUAGGGGAACCUUUCAACGUCUUAUAUUGGAUGAAAUUGCUUUAGAGGGCUUAGAAGGAGUAACUUUAUCAUCACUAUGGAUGUAUUUGGCAAAAUGCAUGAAGCUACCAUUACCAUUGCCACAAAGUCUUAGAUCGCAAAUAUGGGCUUUUAUAUUGCGUAUGAAUUAUCAUUUGCAAUUCUAUGAGUUGCCUGUGGAGCGAAAAACUGUUGUGCUGUUUGAUCGAUAUCUGGAAGUGGACACAGAUUUGGGAGUUCCAAUAAUACCGGAAAAUUGUCCCGCUGUUCGCUACAAAUGUGCACCCAUCAGUGAUGGUGAUAUUCUUGGAUCCUGUGAAUAUUACAAAGAACGUAAGUUAAUACCAUACAAUCAGCUAAAGGAUCUAAGUGAUACAGAUGUAGAUGCAAAAUGGGGUGGUAAAUUCGUCAUUGUGGCAUCACAAGAACUUCGUUACAAUGCCAUUACACCGGAAAAUGUACCACGACCCAAAGAGUUAACCGCAGUUCAAUAUGUCAUAUGGGAAGCAAUUGGACGUGCUAGAUAUAAUGGAGAAACAACUUCGGGUACAUGGUCCUUGACCCACUAUUGCAAAGACUCUACCAUUGUAUUUUAUAUAAAGAACAAACUUUUGCGCCAUGGAGUUAUUGUUAGUCAGCUUUUCAACGAAAAACGAGGUGAACGCUUGACUGUUACCACUCUUUUAACAUUGCCUCGUUUUUACAACACAAAACGCAGUCGUUUGCUAACCAUGGUGGAGAAAUUGUUUUUAAUGCUUAAGGAAAAACCUGACAACACCAUGCCAUUGAUAGAUGUGCGUUCGGUAUUUCCCUCCUUUGAGCGGCAAAAAUCCUUGAAAAAGGCUAUGUUGACACAUUUGUUUCGCAAAAUCUUUGAGACUAGAUCUGUGCCAUAUAAGGACAUUUAUCCCAAUACUAAAUCUAAAGAUACUGGAAGCGCAAGAACUGUAACUAUGGUUCGUCUUCGACAUCCUGAAAAAUCCAUGGAUGACUUAUUUGAAAAUAUGGAAAAUGAACACGAUAAAUCCGAGGACAAUACAGGGGAAGAUUUUCACAAUGAACGACAUGCUUAUGUCGAUAUGCCCUUAAGAGAGGAGUUUUACCAAUGUGUGGCACGUUAUGGCAAUCGUGGUUGUAGCCAAACUGAAAUAUAUCGUCACAUGGCUUGCCAUCAUCUGACUCUAAGGCAAUUGGUGAAACAAAUGGUUUCUGAAGGUCUAAUACGAUCAUAUUGUCAGGAUGUUGGAAGACAGCGAGUGAACAUGUAUGUUGCUGUGGAACAUUCGGAUUCGGUGAAUAAAAAAGUCAAAAUGUCCAUGGAUGUUCUACAAUCUUUACGCUGUGACGAGGAACCCAACUUGCCAAUCGAAGAAGCCCAAUAUAAAGAUAUACCGCAAAUAACGGCACGCAUUAAGCCCCAUGAAUAUCAAAUAAGUGGAGCAGCUGCCAUGCGCGAUAAUCGCAGUCACCGUUUAGUGUGCCGCAAAGCUUUCGCCGUUAAAAUGAUCAAUGAAAAAUGCAUUCUACCAGUGCUGGUAUUGCGCAAACUCUUGCAGGUCCACGAAAAAGAGUUGGGGUUGAAGGAUGAAAUUUGCCAGAAAUCCAUAAGACGUAUGCUAUGUCACAUGAAUAAAUCGGGCAUUGUUAACGUCUACGAAAUCGUCUUGCAGUGUGAUGAGAACAUACGCAUACAUCGUUAUGUCACCCAUCCCAAGAUUGAUAUCGAUCACUUUAUUAUCAAAAAUGAAAUUCUGAAAUUGAAAAAUAACUUCUAUCUGACCAUAGAGGAGAAACGUAUGCGUCUCAUUGCGGCUCUGCGGUUCCAAAGCAAGAAAUUAAAAGCCAAUACCAAGAAGUUGAAAGCAGCUGAAAUUAAAUUAGCAAAAACUUCUACCAUGCCACUGAAGCCCCAUAAGCCACCGAAAUUCCUGAUUUCACGAUUUUUGCAUGAGUUUUUGUUUUAUAUAGUUGUGGAGCUCAAUGAACUGCAAUCUGCUAUACCCAUAACCAAGGAGCUAUUGGAACACUGGCAGAUUGAUGAGCCCUCAAUAAGAGUUUCUGAGUAUUUGCAACAAAUGCAAGAGGAAAGUUUACACGUUAGAGCUUUUACCAAAGAGAUAAGCUGGCGUACUUUCAUACCACCAUUGCCUAGAUAUUCGGACAAACCGGCUGGUUGGGUGUAUUUCAUAGAUGCUAUCGAUCGCAUGCCUUUGUCUAUAUUUAAUAAAAUCUUUCACAUAGACAAGGGAGCAGAUGAAUGCUUGACAUCAUAUCUAAGUCAUCCCAUAAAGCAGCAUUAUCUUAUGCGACAGUUGCCUUCAGAGUUACAGUGCAAAAUUGCGCGUGUCCAAUUGCAAAAAGUUUAUAUUUCGGUGUUGAAGUUGCUUAAUCACAUGGGACUAAUACAGGUCGGCGACAAACUCAGCGUCAAGGAUCCCCUGGUAAUGUGGAUAUUCCUUAACCGCAAGGCCCGAGUUCUAGACACCACCAAUACAGAACCGGCCUAUUUGUGCGUCAAUGCCGAUCGCGAAUAUACACCCAUUACAUUCGAUUUGAAAACAUUCGAGGAUAUUCAUCAAUACUGGACAACGUUGCAGAGAGUAUGUGUCUACACGAAACUUGGUUUUCGCAGCAGAAGUAUGGAGAGAAAUGAACGAAGUCGCGAAUUGGUGUUCCUUAAUCCGGUAGAUUAUGAUGAGGCACCACAACAUGAUGUGGGCUAUCAGCCGGGAGAUAGUUUGGGUGCAGCAGGUCUAUCAAGUUAUCUGUUUGCGCACACUUUCCGCAAUUGGUCAUGGUCGGUGCAGAGCAGCAAGAAGAUUACCGUACGCAAUGUACGUACAAAUCGUGGUGCCUCCAGUUCGACCCUGGUAAGGAAUAAAGUGUUGAGGGUUAAUGCAAGAAAAACACGACAAUAUUCGACCAUCAAGAGAACGCAAGUCCAAAAAGUGCCUGCUCUUUCGAAAAAAGAUAAAAAGACAGCGCCACGUGAUGCCAUUGAUAGGGAUGCCUUGAAGAACAUGCGCACUUUGAGGGUCUCUUGGUCCAAGGCCGAAGAUGAAGUCCUAAUGAUGGGCAAGGCCACUUUCAUAUAUAUCUCAGCCCCGGUACCCUCUCUGGGCCUAUUGGCUCAGGGUAAGGUGUGUCGGGACAUUAUACGCCAAAGCUUGGGAAUCUAUAAUAAGACCACACAAGCCUGUUGCCGUCGCCUGCAGUUUGUAAUACGUCAGAAGCGACAUAUACCCCAGGUGCCAUCAUGGCUACACAUGUUACAGACCAAUGAGUUUAUGCAAAAGAAAUAUGGCGAUAUGUUUCUGCAAAAACUGAAAAAGGUCUAUACCUCACGUUCAGAAUUUACAGAUGCUCUACUGAUUCACUACACUCUGAUUAUAUGUCAUCUGUAUAAGUUGGUGACUAAUUCCCAGGAUAUACCAGCCAAGUCUCGUUUUCUGUUGCCCGACUCUAUUCAUGAAUUUCGUAAGCGUUUUGUGGAACGUGUUACCGUGCAAGCCGAGGAUGAUGUUGUGGUAUACAAAAAUCCAGAGACCAAUCAGGAACUACAGAUCAUGGUGGUGUUGAAUGUGCUGCACUCUACGCUGUGUGCCUUUCGCGAUAAGACCCUGUACAACUUGCAGGCAUUUGAGAUUUAUAAAAAUUUCUCGGAGGAUGUUUUGAAGACGGCCUUCUUUAAGGCACGCUCAGAUUGUUUGGCUGUGGCCAUAAAGCGACAGAAUAUCAAUUUGUUCACCAAUCAAUUGUCUGGCCCAGCAUAUGUGCUCUCCUCCAAGUAUCGCUUGAAAUUGUUGUUCUUGCGUAUACCCUAUGGUGUGUAUGAUGCUGCUUUCGAAUUCUAUGAGAGGGCUAUGCAGUAUUUCUUUGGUGUUGCGCCAAGUAGCAGCAGCAGUGUGGCCAGCAAAGAGCAUCUGGAAUUGAAAUCACCUACCUUGGGACAAUUUUUUGUUAUUGCCGAAGGUUUGGCUCGCAGUCUAUGGGAUAUCAACAUAAAAUUGCCCAUCAAUAUACUGACCGUGGAUGCUGAACAAAAUCAAACGGUGAACUCAAUGGAUCGCAUAUUGGAUCAUUAUCACAGCAUAUUUGAUAAUGCACCCCAGCAGGAAUACUCCAAAGCCAUUGACAAUGAAAGUCAACAAAAACAGAUUCGUGUUAAGUUCCAUCCCGCCAAUCUCAGUUACAAAAUCAACUAUAGCCCCUACGAUUUGAUUUCCAAAUUACCUACCAGAUAUUUGCACUUCUUCUGUGCCUUGGACUAUAUGGAUCAAGAAAUUGAGAUAAAUUUCAGCAAACUCCAAUACCAGGAUGAUGAAGGCCAUAUGGUUAUUGAAUGUCCCUUCAAGUGCAUAUUUAAAUCGGAGGAUUAUUUGAAUGAAAUUUGCCGUAUAGUCAAUGAGAAAAAAUCAGUUUUAAAUUCACUCACCGAAAUGGCUCCCCAGAAACUUUUGAAUCUAGCCACCAGUGGGUUAUCCAUAAAAGUCUAUACUUCGAAUCUAUUGACUCUGGUUCGCAUGCUGGAAUCUUUUUGGUAUGAAAAAGAAUCCCAACAUGAACGCAAAGAUUUGGGCAAACAUGCCAGCCAACUGAAGACAACAAAAACCAUCGAUUGGUCUGAAUUGUGUCAUGAUAUAUUGAAAUUUCAUUCAACGUCAGAGGAUGACUAUGAUAAAAUCGAUGAAUAUGAACCCACUCUGAAUAAAGAAGAGCGAGUUGUUAGAGCCCAAGAUGUUUUUGUGGUAAAUCUACCCACUAUACAAAUAAAAACCACCAAAGACCUGUUAGAGGACACUGACACACUUGUGCUGAGUGAUGGGCGUAAGUUACCCAAACAAUUGGUUUUUACCGAACAACAAAAAGAAGCUGUGCUAAAGAAAGUUUUAGACGAGUCCUAUUGGAAAUACACAAACAAUAACCUUUGCGAUGUUAAGAACAAACUUAAGGACUAUGGCUUUAGUGAUAUGGAACAAAAACAUUUGGAGGAAAUGUAUGAGUUUAUUGAAAAACGCAAACUGGGUGCUUCGAUAUUGGAUUUAUUGAAAGAAUUCCCCUACGAACAAUUCCUUUUGAAAGCCCUCAACUUCCUUUCUGCGGAAUAUUUGGUAAAACGUGUAGGAGUGGCCCAUUAUGUGUAUGUCCACAAAAAUCAUAUGCGUUCAUGGGUCGUACAGACAUUUAAUCUUAAGAGAUUGGAUAGGGAGAAUAUGGGUUCAACCACAGCAACAAUCAAAAGAACCUAUAACGAAAUGGCUUGUGGUGAUCAAGAGGAGGAUAAUAAUUCAGAAGUUCCAUCAAAAAAACCACAUACAGAAACCAAUGCCGCGACAAGUGAAGAGCAGUCAAACACCGAAGUUCAAAGUGCGGGGACCAGUAAACGCAUACCGAAACCUGUUAAUCGAUUUGAUCCUGCGCAAAAUGAAACUGUGGGCGUCAAUGUAAAGGACAGGGAGGUUAUUGUUAUGCGUCCUGUGCCUUGGAUACGUUUAAAUGGUUCCAUUAACCGGCGCGUUCUAGACCGUUGGUUGGGUUCUAUACUCUGCGAAUGCAUUGCCCGCAAUGGCUGCAGUGUACAAGAAGUAUGCAUACGUUUCACCUACAUGUAUCCAGUGGAUGUCAUGUUCCUUUUGGAAGUUCUGCAAGACCUUGGCUGUUUACACCUCACUCAAAUGCAUAGGCAAGAGGUGGAUAUAUUUUCCCAGUAUCAGAGCCUCAAAGAAACUCCAGUUCCGUUUACCUUCGAUCCGGAAAAUACAUUUAUUCAUAUUCAUGGUGAUGCAGCUAUGCGUUUAUAUUUGUUUAUAGGAAAGAAGAAGUAUGCCGCCGAGUUUGUAUAAAACUUAAAUGUUACACAAAAUGUUUAUUAGAAGAAGACUUGACCCACAGUUAAGAUUUUCUUUGUCUCUAUGUUUAAAAUAAAUUUAAAAUAUGAAUUUUUUCUACGAAAUUUAUUGACAUUAAUUAAAAA